AUGCGCUGGGCGCUCCUCGCAGUGCUGGCGAGUACCGCAUCCGCAGCAGGACCUGCAGGCGCUCCAACGGGCCCUACCGAGGCCGACUUCGAGAACGUCCACUUCUCGAGGAUUAUCUGCUGGACCUGGGUCGCAUGUGUCGGUUCCCUCGUCAUUUACCAAAUCAUUGUCCAUAGCGUCCGCUAUGUGCGCACCAUCACAUGCCUCAAUAACGAUACUCAGCGCUUCUUCGCCCGGUCCCGCCCUACCCACGCCCUACUGAAACGGGACUUUAUCGACGCGCCUCUCCUCCACAUGAGGCAUCACCGCGAGUUCAAGCUGUCCGCCGCCCUCAAUGUCGGCACUCUUCCCAGUCGCAUUCAGACGCUAUACCUGGCCGGCUACCUUGCGAUGAACGUAGCGUUCUGUGUCGUGAGCAUCGACUGGAGUGGAGUGGAGAAAUCAGUCGCCAGCGAGCUGCGCAAUCGCACCGGUGUCCUUGCCGUCAUGAACAUGCUCCCUCUCUUCCUGUUAGCCGGCCGUAACAAUCCAUUGAUCAAGUGGUGCGGUAUCUCGUUUGAUACCUUCAAUCUCCUUCACCGCUGGAUCGGUCGUGUUGUCGUGCUCGAGGCCCUGGCGCAUACACUUGCCUGGAUGGUCAGCAAGGUCCAUCAAGUUGGAUGGAGCGGUGUUGCCGCAGCCAUGACCCACAGCCAGUUGAUCAUGACUGGUACCAUAGGCACCGUAGCAUUCCUUGGACUCCUCUUCCAAUCGCCGUCCGUUCUUCGCCACGCCUUCUACGAGACUUUCCUUCACAUCCACAUUGCCUUGGCCGGCCUUGCCGUGGGCGCCGUAUGGAUCCAUCUGAAGACCCUACCUCAACAGCGCAUCCUCAUGGGCGUGAUCGCUCUCUGGGCCAUGGAACGGUCCCUCCGCCUCGCCCGCAUCAUAAUCCGCAACGUCGGCAGAGGCGGCACUAAGGUCGACGUCGAAGUGCUACCUGGCGACGCCCUCCGCGUCACGGUCCGCAUGGCACGUCCGUGGAAGUUCCACCCCGGCCAACAUGCUUACCUUUACCUGCCUACCCUCGGCUGGUGGACAUCUCACCCGUUCUCCCUUGCUUGGAGCGAGGAGGAGCAGGAGGGACUCACCUCCGAGAAGGGCCUCGUGGUGCACAACCAGGACAUCCUCGAGGUGAAGAAGUCGUCGAUGAGCAUGAUCAUCCGCCGCCGGACAGGCUUCACGGACAAGCUGUACCAGAAGGCCGACCUCAGCUCAAGCGGGAAGUUCACCACUAGCGCCCUCGUGGAGGGCCCCUACGGCCACCAAUCCCUCUCCUCCUACGGCACCGUAAUCCUCUUCGCCGCCGGCGUAGGAAUAACCCACCAAGUCCCGCACCUGCGCCACCUCGUCGCAGGCUUCGACAACGGCACCGUCGCCGCCCGCCGCGUGACGCUCAUCUGGAUGAUCCAAUCCCGCGAGCACCUCGAGUGGACCUCCAGCUGGAUGAACAGCAUCCUGUGCAUGCCGCGCCGCCGCGAGGUCCUCAAGAUCCUCAUCUUCGUCACCCGCCCGCGGAGUCCCACGGAGAUCGAGAGUCCGAGUGGGAAUGUUAAGAUGUUUGCGGGGAGGCCGAAUGUUAGAGCCCUGGUUGAAGGGGAGCUCGAACAUGGGGUUGGUGCGGCCGUGGUUAGUGUGUGUGGGACGGGGAGUUUGGCGGAUGAUGUUAGGCGCGCCGUGAGGGGGAGUCAGGGGCGGUGGAAUGUGGAUCUUUGUGAGGAGAGCUUUUCUUGGUAG